AUGAAUGUUCUGUGGGCAAUCAUUUGGUUUCUCGUUCUCUGGUUUCUCGCUUGGCCUGUUGGGUUCUUCUGUGCUGGAUGGUACGUGUGUUUGUCGCCGAUUGAAGCCUGCGUCGAUGCCAUCAAGGCCGUCACAGAGCUCCUUAUGAAGGGUGUAAUGUUACCGUUAGAGGUCGCAAAGCAUAUGGUAGAGGGUAAAGCUGGAUGGUGAUAAAAAAAGGGAAACCUAAGCUACUUGAAUUUCAUAUUGUUUCAAUAAACAAUUAGUGUAUUUAUAUGAGUUCUAAAAAUCUUUUCAUCAAUCUCAUUUAGUAAAAAAUUGUACAUUGAUAAAUUUUUUAUCUUAUGUCAGUUGUACUUUUAUUGAGAUUGCAACUAUGUAGCUACGCACAUGACCGGUAUUCGAAAAGCAUUCUCUUGUCACAGCAUAUUAGUUGUGGAUUCAUCUGUUUUUUAAGGGUUGUAUUUCUCUUUUUAUAGCAAAUGCGUUAGCCUCCUGCUUUAGUUGAGUUUGACUGUCAUUAAAUCACUAUCUCCCGUUGGUGUCGUCAGUAUUGCACUACCUUUCUAGAAAUUUUUUACAAGCAAAAAUAAAGCGAAAAAUUUAACUGAAACUGUACUCACUUGUCGAACGAUAUCAGUGUUAAAUGACAUAUUUGAUUCUCCAUUUGUGCAAUGUGGACUGCUCCUCUCUAUAAUUUAGGGCAAUGAAGGAGGGGUGUUUUUGUCCGAGCUGGAAAGGCUACCCUCCUACUUUAUUACUGAACAACUGCCCUAAGGGUCAGUACCGAUUACUGGGGGGGGUUGAGGAAAAUGCAUGGUUUUCAGGGGGGGACGGGGGGGGAGGAGUAAGUUGAUUCUAACAGAGUACUGGGAUGGCUAAGAAAAUUGACUGCUAAUAAGGGAGGAUCUUAAGAAUGUCGCACUCAGACUUGUCAAUGAACCAAAAAUAAAUUGACCCCAGGGAACAAUUCUAGAAUUUAAUAAAAAUGACCUGAGUUCAUUUUUUACAACCUAGAAUGUAGUCGACACCAGUCGAGACAAAAACAUAUUGACGACUGUUAACUCAACAUUUAAAUGGCUGUCGAAAAAUUUCUUCUUUCAGUAUAAAAAAGACCAUCCAAAUUCCUUCUUUCAGUACCAUCCAGCAGGGUGUCAUCUACGAAAUCUCUUGGUUUGCACAUCGAUCAAAAUAUGAACUGAUGAUGUCAUACACAGAACAUUUGCAAAAAGAGUGCUUCUGCAUUGGGCGCAAUCAAGCGAAUACGACAUCUUAUACCGUUUAAUAUAUUAAUUAAUGCAUAUGAUAGCCUAGUUCAGCCGUAUGUUAAUUAUUGUGGUGUUGUCUGGAGUGACUGUGGCAGUGGUCUCUCCGAAAAGCUUCAGAAGCUCCAAAAUCAUGCAGCCCGUAUUUUAAUGUGUACCAAUUAUGACUCUGAUAUCGAUGAAUUGUUCCGGGUACUGAGUUGGCGUAAACUCAAAUAUCAAAGAUUUGAAUCAGCUGCUGUUAUGAUGUACAAAUCUUUACAUGGGAUGACCCCUGAGUAUCUGAGUUCUAGAUUUGUGUUUCGGAACGACAUAACAUCAUAUCGAUAA